GCUAUUUGUGUCGAUCAUUUAUUUUUAAGACAUUAUUAUAUAGUUAUAUGUGAUAACGUUGAUAACCAUAUUCAACCAGUAGGAUGAGUUUUAGCCAAGCACAAUAUACGUAAAAUGGGCGCCAGUAUUUAGUCGUGAUCUGAUUGGUUAGCUGUGGUUUCCGGUUUCUUCGCUCCUCAUUUGAAAAGUGUUCGGUUAGAAGAUGAGAGGGUCUGAUCGCCAUUGUUAAAAGACGGCGUCCGCAAUGUUGAUAAAGACCAAACUUGGACGAUAACAGCGGUGUUUGUGUUGGAAUUCCACCUAAUCUAUCGAACAUCAACAUGGCUCAGCGUGUGCCAGUAUCAGACGGAGGAAACAAGAAGACGUCCAGGGUUCGGGUGGCUGUUCGUCUAAGACCCUAUAUGAGCAAGCAAGAUGAGAAAGGCGAGGGGCCUUGUGUGCGAGGACUGGACUCCCAGAACUUGGAAAUUAUCAACUGGAGAAACGCCACAGAGACAGUUAAAUACCAUUUUGAUGCUUUUCAUGGGGAACAAACAACACAGCAAGAGGUUUUUCUGUCAUCUGUGAAACCCAUUCUACCACACAUCCUAAAUGGACAAAAUGCCAGUGUCUUUGCCUAUGGACCUACAGGAGCUGGUAAGACUCACACCAUGCUAGGCAGUGCAGAACAGCCGGGUGUAAUCCCCAGAGCUGUUCGUGAAGUGUUUAAAUUGGUCAAAGCAAAGGAUGAGGAUGAAGGAUGGGACUACAGUAUCGGAAUGUCAUAUUUGGAAAUUUACAAUGAGAAGGUGUUAGAUCUUUUAUCACCAAGUUCCCAAGAUCUGCCAAUCAGAGAGGACAAGGACAAAAAUAUCCUUAUUCCUGGCCUCACCCACACAACAAUCUCAUCCUUCUCAGACUUUGACAAACAGUUUGUCCCGGCCAGCCUGAAUCGCACUACUGCCUCGACCAAACUAAACCAGCGCUCCAGUCGCAGUCAUGCUAUCCUCCUCAUAAAGGUUGUACGGACCCAGUGUGUCCUGCCCCACCGACAGCAGACUGGAAAGCUGUAUUUGGUUGAUCUAGCCGGGUCUGAAGACAACCGUCGCACUGGCAACCAGGGCAUCCGUCUGAAGGAGAGCGGUGCCAUUAAUCUGUCACUUUUCACUCUAAGCAAAGUGGUGGACUCUCUUAACUCAGGCACAGCUGUUCGUGUGCCAUACAGAGACAGUAAACUGACACGGCUCUUGCAGGACUCUCUGGGGGGCUCGGCACACUCAGUCAUGAUCACAAAUAUCGCUCCUGAGUACCAAUACUAUUUUGACACCUUUAGUGCACUCAACUUUGCUGCAAAAUCCAAGCUUAUUGUUAACAAGCCCUUCACCCAGGAAACGGUGGCCGUGCCUGCAAUUCAAGUGAAGCGGGCCAGGGAGGACCACAGAGCAGGGAGUUCUGGCUCUGAGCCACAGAAAAAAAGGCAGAAAGAGGACAAGAAAACAGAUCAACACAGUUCCUCACCCUCUACACAUUUUCACAGUUUGUCAGAACCGUCAGUGAUGGACAGACUGAUUGCUCUGGAGAAGCUGAUGAUGAGCUGUCAGGACAAAGAUCGACUUGGCAUGCUCAAAGACGUAGCCCAGUCUCGCAAGGAGAUCCAGGAGCUCAAAGAGAAACAGAAGGAGUUUGAGAGUAAAGCCAUGCUGUUCAGUCAGCUCGCUGGAGAAAAAUCCAGCACCAGUCCCGAGUCCAUGUUUAAGAACAACACAGGUGCUCUGGGGAGGAAACAGUCAACAGCCAUUAAACCAAAAAAGCAGCAGGCUGUGGUCCAGCCCUUACAAGUUUCCCAGCUCCAGCCUCUUCAGCAGCUUGCAAUCGUCAAAAAACAGUCUGUGUGCGUCAAGAAGAAAGAGAAGAAGCUUUCUGAGCAGGUUGAGCCUCCAGAUGGCAAAGAGAACAUAAUGCAGGAUGGUUGGGAGUCCCAACUUGACACAUCAGUGCUUGAACAGUCCAGAAAGAAAAUCCUACAGGUUCUCAACAGUGGCUCUCUCAAAGAGCUCAAAGGCCUGCAGCAGAUCGGUGACAAGAAGGCCAAGCUCAUUCUGGGCUGGAGGGAGAUUCAUGGCGACUUCACAAAGGUGGAAGACCUAACAAAAGUUGAGGGUAUGACAGAAAAAAGGUUUUCUUCCUUUAUGAAGGCAAACAUCCUCAGUGCCAUGGGAAAAUGAAACUGCUUGUAAUUUUGCCGAAUCACAACUUUUGUCUAAUGUAUAUGAAUAUUUACCCCCUUGGCCUGCUUAAGGGGUUAUUGUCGUCAGCAUGUCUGCAAUUUCAACAUUUUUCAGGCUGAGGGGGUCUUGCCAUGCUUUGGUAUUUUAAAACCUUUAUUGUCUUUUUAUCCUUUGUUUUGAUGUUUUUGUAGUUCCACUGUGAUCCAGUUGGUGGCGCACUGUUACUUUUUUUUUUUUUUUAAAUAAACC